AUGGCUGACCAUCAAGAUAUUAUUAGAAAAAAAAGAAGACAUUCUUAUUUUCAAUGGACUCAGUUGAUCGCAACAAUAAGUAUUCCAAUUAUAAUUGCGAUAUAUACAGUUAUUGAAAAUAAUAAUAGUGUGUCGAUUGCUGCCGAUAACAAUCGUAAAGACAUCCAAAUUGCUGAUGAUAAUCGAAGAUCUGAAUUUAAUUUAUCUCAACAAAGUCUACAGAAAGAUCGUGAUCUUGCUACUGACGAACAACAAGAAAAUAUUCUUGUCAAAUAUCAAACUUUUCUUGCAAAUGUUUUACUUCAAUAUGGUAACGAGUUAGAGCAAUCAUCAAAGAGACAAUCCGUUCUACGCUUUAUGACACUUACUGCAUUAAGUCAAUUGGAUAUACGACGCAAAAAUAUACUUAUUCGAAGUCUCCAUGAUGCAGAAUUGAUUACUUUGAAACAAAAUGCUAACAAAAAUCAUCCAAGUACUUUAGCACUUGCAUCAGUCGAUCUGAAAAACAUUACGUUCGGUUCACCACUCAAUUCACCAGAUGAAUAUCCGUUGCAUCACUACAUUCAUUGGCGUUAUCUUUGGUUACCACGUGCUAUUCUAACAAAUGCAUCAUUUCGUCAUACAGAAUUAGAAUGUGCUACUUUCACUCGAGCUCGUAUGGAAUCAGUGGAUCUCAGUUUUACUAUUCAACCAAUAACAAAAUGUUUCGAUGGUUUUCGUGAUGCUGGAACAGAUUUUGUCAGUGCUUCGUUAGUUAACGCUAAUUUGCGCAAUACUAAAUUCCAAUAUACUGAUUUUUCUCAAGCUAAUUUAACAUUUGCCAAUAUGCGCGGAUUCUCUUGUGAAAUGUGUAAAUUUUCGCAGACAAUAUUAUUCCAAGCUGAUUUAAGUUUUUCUUACUUCUAUCAUAGUUUUCUUCUUAAUCAAACACUUCUCGAUUUCACUGGUAUCAAAUUAAAACAAGCAACUAUUUAUGGAUCAUAUUUUCGAUCGAUAAACUUUCAAAAUUCUGAUUUUACUAACGCCAAAUUAUCACAAGUAAUUAUCAGAAAUAGCGUAUUUAUUAAAGCAACAAUGAACAAUUGUUCUUUUAUAAAAAGCACCAUUCAAGAAACUAUAUUUCAAAACACAAUAUUAAAUACAAUUGAUUUUAGUAAUUCUACAUUAUAUAAAGUUACAUUUAAUAAUUCCGAUAUGAGAAAUGCAAAAUUGAGUUUUAUUAAAUGUGUUUAUUGUAAUUUUACAAAUGUUAAAUUUGAAGAUACUAUUUUUAAUAACGCAUCAUUACGUCAUUCGAAUUUUAUUAAUUGUAGUAUUCAUAGAAGUCAAUUAGAUGAAGCAACUGAUCUUUUUGGAUCAAGAUUUUCUAAUGGAACUGAUGAAUUAACUCUUGGUACAACAGGACAAAUUUCAAACAAAACAAUGUAUACUAUUCGAAUACAAACUGGUGAUGAAUUUCAAGCAGAAACUAAUGCUGAUGUAUAUAUACAAAUUUUUGGUGAUAAAAGUUCUACAGACAAAAUUCAACUUGAACCAGUUGAUUAUGUACCAGAAAAAUUUCAAAAAGGACGAAUCAAUGAAUUUACAUAUGAAAUUGAUGAUCUUGGCAAAAUUCAGUCUGUAAUUAUUGGAUAUAAUGAAGAAAGUCCCGAUGCAGAAUGGUUUUUAGAUUGGGUAGAAAUUGAAACAUCAAUAAGUAGCGAAAUUUCUAGAUUUCCUUGCUAUUGCUGGUUAGGCAAAAAUAAAGAUGGCGGUGUAAUCGAACGUCAAUUAACAUCUUCUAAUGUCACUGGAAAACCAAUUACUAUUAUUUCAUAUAAAAUAACAGUUGUCACUGGUGACAAAGAUAGAUCUGGUACAGAUGCAAAGGUAUUUUUAACAAUUUAUGGUGACAAAGAAGAUUCAGGCGAACAUCAAUUAGAUCAUUCGGAACCAAACGAAAAUCCAUUUGAACAAACUCAGACAGAUACUUUCUACAUGGAACUUAUUUCAUUAGGAAAGUUAAGAAAAAUCAAAAUUCGACAUGAUAAUACAGGGUGGUAUCCUGGAUGGUUUCUUCACAGCGUUGAAAUCUAUGAUUCUAAAACACAACAAAGUUAUUUUUUUCCACAUGAACAAUGGUUAUCAAAACGCAAAGGCGAUGGCACAAUUUCCCGAGAAAUAUUUGCUUAUGAAAAGCGACGAUUUGAUUUACCAAUCAUGUCUCGAAGUAUAUCUCAGUUAUCAUUUAAUUAUAAUGAACAAAUCAAAACAUUAUAUACAACUUAUCAAAUUUGUGUUGUUACUUCGGAUGAUAAAUUCGAUGGUGAUACAAAUACUAAUGUUUAUAUUGUUAUAUUUGGUGAAAGUAAUCAUACAGAUCAAAUUCCAUUAACAAAAUCAAAAACGUAUAAAAAUCCAUUCAAAAAAGGUCAGACAGAUAUUUUUGAAAUUGAAGCUAUAGAUAUUGGUCAACCAACAAAGAUUAAAAUUGGCCAUGGUAAUUUAAAUUUGUUAUCAGAUUGGUUAUUGGAUCGUGUAGAAAUUUAUAUAUCGAAACUUGAUCGAACAUGGAUAUUUCCAUGUGGAAGAUGGCUAAGAAAUACCAAGAAGGAAUUUCAAUUGGAAAUCGAACUAUUUCCAAAUAUUCAUAACAAAUGA